AUGAGUGAUUACGAUAAAUAUAGCACACCAUUAUCUUCACGUUAUGCCAGUGAAGAAAUGUCAUCAAUUUUCUCCUUAAGAAAUAGAUUUUCAACCUGGAGAAAAUUAUGGUUAAACUUAGCCAUUGCUGAAAAACAAGUUGGUUUAGAUGUCAUUACUGAUGAAGCCAUUGAAGAAAUGAAAAAGCACUUAACUAUCACUGACGAAGAAAUCGAGUUAGCUACUAAAGAAGAAGCUAUCGUUAGACAUGAUGUUAUGGCUCAUGUUCAUGUUUUUGGUGAUGUUUGUCCUAAUGCUGCUGGUAUUAUCCAUUUAGGUGCCACUUCAUGUUUCGUUACCGAUAAUGCUGAUUUAAUUUUCUUAAGAGAUGCUUAUGAUGUAUUAAUUCCAAAAUUAGUCAAUGUUAUUGACAGAUUAGCCAAAUUCGCUUUAGAAUAUAAAGAUUUACCUGUUUUAGGUUGGACUCAUUUCCAACCAGCUCAACUAACUACUGUUGGUAAAAGAGCUUGUUUAUGGAUCCAAGAAUUAUUAUGGGAUUUGAGAAAUUUCGAAAGAGCUAGAAAUGAUAUUGGUUUAAGAGGUGUUAAAGGUACUACCGGUACUCAAGCUUCUUUCUUAAGUUUAUUCAAAGGUGACCAUGAUAAAGUUGAAUUAUUAGAUGAGACCGUUGUCAAAUUAUUAGGUUUUGAACAUGUUUACCCUGUUACUGGUCAAACUUAUUCCAGAAAAAUCGAUAUCGAUAUCCUUUCUCCAUUAGCUUCAUUUGGUGCUACUUGUCAUAAAAUGGCUACUGAUAUCAGAUUAUUAGCUAACUUGAAAGAAAUCGAAGAACCUUUCGAAAAAUCUCAAAUUGGUUCAAGUGCUAUGGCUUACAAAAGAAAUCCUAUGAGAUCAGAAAGAGUUUGUUCUUUAUCAAGACAUUUAGGAAGUUUAUUAAAUGAUGCUAUCCAAACUUCAGCUGUACAAUGGUUCGAAAGAACUUUAGAUGAUUCAGCUAUCAGAAGAAUUUCCUUACCUUCAGCUUUCUUAACUGCUGAUAUCUUAUUAUCUACUUUAAAUAACAUCUCAUCAGGUUUAGUUGUUUAUCCUAAAGUUAUUGAAAGAAGAAUCAACUCAGAAUUACCUUUCAUGGCUACUGAAAAUAUCAUCAUGGCUAUGGUUGCCAAAGGUGGUUCAAGACAAGAUUGUCACGAAGAAAUCAGAGUUUUAUCUCAUCAAGCUUCAGCUGUUGUUAAACAAGAAGGUGGUGAUAACGAUUUAAUUGAAAGAAUCAAAAACACUAAAUAUUUCGAACCAAUCUGGAACGAUUUAGAUAAUUUGUUAGAUCCUAAAACUUUCGUUGGUAGAGCUCCUGAACAAACUGAAAAAUUCGUUAAUAAAGAUGUUAAACAAGCUUUAUCAAAAUUCGAACAAUUCAUUAACAGUGAAGAUGUUAAGUUAGCUGUCUAA